GACGCCCAGUCACAGCACUGGGCAGAGUCUUGCCUUGCGUGGGGUCCCGGCACCCCUCAGCCUCUGCCGAGCAGCCAUGGGGACCGGCCGCAUCCUGGGAGCUGGGGCCGUGCUGGUGGCACUGGUGGUGCUGGGAGCCCGCCCGGCUGGGGGCGAGGAGACCAAGGGGUUCUUCCAGGAGAUGGCGACUUCUGAGUGUCACUUCCUCAAUGGCACCGAGCGGGUGAGGUUUCUGGAGAGGUACAUCCACAACCGGCAGCAGUUAGUGCACUUUGACAGCGACGUGGGGCGUUUUGUGGCUGACACGGAGCUGGGCAAGCCUCAUGCUGACUACUGGAACAGUCAGCCCGAAAUACUGGAGGAUGAAAAGGCUGCAGUAGACAGGUUCUGCCGGCACAACUAUGGGGUGGUGACCCCUUUCACCGUGAAGAGGAGAGUUGAGCCCAAGCUGAGGGUCUCUCCCAUGCAGUCGAGCUCGCUGCCCCAGACCGACAGGCUGGCGUGCUACGUGACGGGCUUCUACCCCGCCGAGAUCGAGGUGAAGUGGUUCAAGAACGGCCAGGAGGAGACGAAGCACGUGGUGUCCACGGACGUGAUCCGGAACGGGGACUGGACCUACCAGGUGCUGGUGAUGCUGGAAAGCACCCCGCAGCACGGGGACACCUACAAGUGCCAGGUGGAGCACGUCAGCCUGCAGAGCCCCAUCACCCACGAAUGGGUGCUCCCAGCGGAUGCCGCCAGGGGCAAGAUGCUGACGGGCGUCGGGGGCUUCGUGCUGGGGCUCAUCUUCCUGGCGCUGGGGCUCUUCCUCUACGUGCGCAGAAAGGGCGCAUCGCUCCCCCGGCUGCAGGGCUCCUGAAGCAGCUCCCGCUCCUGCGCCCCGGCUCCUCCACCCCCAGCGCCGCCUCUGCCCCGCGCUCACCCAGCUCCUGCCCUCGGCUCCCGGUCCUGCAGCCCCAUGGCCCCACGCAGCUCCUCGGGGUCCCCCCCUCCCUCGUUCCCAUCCCAGCUCGGCUUGGCUGGGGCCACUGGGAGCCCCAAAUAAAGUGUCCCAGUGCCCUGCGGCCCUGCUGCUGUGGGGACGGUGGGGUAGGGGCGGGCACCGCCAUCCCCGC